CUAUAUCAUCAUACACACACAACGCACCAUCUUGGAGCAGGGGGCCAUAGGAUUUACUUUUAUUUCCCAAAACAACAAACAGGUGAAAGGGAUACAGGAGCUGUAAGACUGGUGAAGUCCUGCUGAUAAACCUGGCCAGAUGCUGUUUGUCACCAGAACAGUCAGGACUCUAUUCCACUGAUUUGUUUACUGAAAAUGAAUUAUUCAUCUCUGCUGGGAUUGUGGUCUGCACUUUGCUUGCUACAAGCUCACUCAAAGACGAUAUUGUAUCCAUUCUGGCAAAAUGAUACUAAAACACCAAAAGUGGAUGAUGGGAGUUCUCCGGAAAUUAAAUUGUCCCUUCCAUUUAUAUUUUUCGGAGUACCAUACAAAGCACUCUAUGUCAACAACAAUGGGGUUAUCUCCUUCAAUGUUCUUGUCAGUCAGUUUACACCUGAAGCUUUUCCACUAGCUGAUGGACGUGCUUUUAUUGCUCCCUUUUGGGCAGAUGUCCAUAAUGGAAUACGAGGAGAAAUCUACUACCGGGAAACCACAGAUCCUGCUAUCCUGAAGAAAGCAUCUAAAGAAAUAAGAAAGCAUUUCCGAAAUCUUCCAUCUUUCUCAGCCACUUGGGUCUUCCUGGUCACAUGGGAUGAGGUCACCUUUUAUGGAGGAAGCAGCACCACUCCUGUGAAUACAUUUCAAGCACUGCUGAUUUCAGAUGGCACAUCAAGCUUUGCAAUGUUCAAUUAUGAGGAGAUAACAUGGACCACAGGGACAGCAAGUGGAGGAGACCCACUUACAGGUUUAGGCGGUGUUAUGGCACAGGCUGGAUUUAUUGGUGGAAAUAGCACAAAUUUUUUUAGCAUACCUGGGUCCCGAUCACCUGAGAUUGUUAAUAUUGAAGAAAGUACUAAUGUGAAUCUCCCAGGACGCUGGUUAUUCAAAAUAGAUGGGAAAGAAAUUGAUCCAGCAAAUGGCUGUAGUCUAAAAGGUCAGUUUGUGCGCAAAGGACAAUUGUUUUGGGAAAAUGGUAAUUGUACCACCAGGUGUCGUUGCCUUGACUUCAAUAAUGAAAUAUUAUGCCAGGAAUCAAUAUGUGGCCCAUAUGAAGUCUGUGAACCAAAGGAGAAAUAUUUCCAGUGUCUACCAGUUGAAAGCAGCACGUGCGUGGUCUUCGGAGAUCCUCAUUACCACACAUUUGAUGGACUUCUCUUCCACUUCCAAGGAUCCUGUUCCUAUCUUUUAGCACGCAACUGCAACCAGGGGAAUAAUCUUCCAUAUUUUAGCAUAGAAGCAAAGAAUGAAAACCGAGGAGGCUCUUCAGUAUCAUGGCUAAAAGACAUAUCUGUGGAGGUCUACUCACAUUACAUUGUUAUACCCAAGGGCAGUUUUGGGAAAAUAAAGGUAAAUGAUUUGAUAUUUUCUCUUCCAGUAAUUCUGGAACAUGGAGCCAUAAAAAUAUAUCAAAGUGGUUUAUCAACAGCUGUGGAGACUGAUUUUGGUUUGCUAGUGAUUUAUGAUGGGGAACACUAUGCCUCUAUAUCAGUCCCUGGAACCUAUAUUAACUCUACCUGCGGAAUGUGUGGCAACUACAACAAAAACCCAGAGGAUGAUACUCUCCGCUCAGAUGGAAGACCGGCUGUUUCUGUAAUAGAUUUAGGAGAGAGUUGGAGAGUAUAUCACCCAGACUGGAAAUGCUCUUCUGGGUGCGUAGACAACUGUAGCUUAUGUGAUACAGCAAUGGAAUCGCUUUACUUCACCUCAGAAUAUUGUGGAUUUAUAAACCUAACAGGAAGUCCUCUGUGGGAAUGCGGCACUGUUUUGGAUCCCACUGCCUUUGUCCAUAGCUGCGUUUAUGACCUUUGUGGCUCAAGGGAAAAUGGCUCUAGCCUUUGCCAGGCUAUUCAAGCUUAUGCUCUUGUAUGUCAAGCGCUAGGAAUUACAGUGGGUGACUGGAGAACUCCAACUGGGUGUGCUACAUCUGUACAAUGUCCUGAGUUCAGCCACUAUUCAGUUUGCACAAGCAGUUGUCCAGCCACUUGCUCUGACCUCACAGCUCCCCAGCUCUGCAAUACUCCAUGUACCGAGGGCUGUGAGUGUGAUAAUGGGUAUGUACUCAGUGCUGAUGCGUGUGUUCCUGUGAACAAGUGUGGCUGCGAAAUGGACGGAAAAUAUUAUGCAGUUGGUGAUUCUUUCUGGACAACAGCAGACUGCACUGUACAGUGCUGGUGUGAAGAUGGAGGAGACAUAUUAUGCUUCAACACUACCUGCCGUGAUGGUGAGAUAUGCUCUGUGGAGAAUGGAUAUCAAGGCUGCUACCCAAAAAGAGAAAGUGUCUGCCUGGUCGGCCAGAAUCAAGUGAUACAUACGUUUGACUCAGUAAGCUUCCCAUACCCAAUGGAAUAUUCGUACAGUUUGCUAAAAACUUGCCCUGACAAAUCAGAGUUCAUUGAGAUUGACAUCAGCAAGAAGAAACUUGACUCGGCGCCUAACUGGUUACGGCCCCUAAGAAUCCAAGUGGCUAAACAAGAAAUAAGAAUUGGUGGGGGCAGCACAUCUGAAAUUAAGGUCAAUGGCUUUCAAGUUGAACUUCCAUAUUAUCUGCCAUCCGGUGAACUGGAAAUAUAUCGUAACAAAAAUGGAACAGUUAUUGAGUCAGAAGGACUUGUUAGGAUACAAUAUUCGGACCAAGGCCUGGUUCACAUCACUCUCUCUACAUUUUACUUUAACUGCACAGGUGGACUAUGUGGUUACUUCAAUGGAAAUAGUGAAGAUGAAUUCUGCUUCCCAAAUGGUAAAUGUACAGACAAUGUGGUUGUAUUCUUAGAAAGCUGGACCACAUUUGAUGAGAUAUGCAAUGGCGAAUGUGGAGAUUUGCUAAAGGCUUGCAAUAAUGACUCUGAACUGCUCAAGUAUUACAGAAGUCGAUCAAAGUGUGGAAUCAUAAAUGAUCCAAGCAAUAGUUCUUUCCUGGACUGCCAUGCUGUGGUUAAUGUAUCUGCUUAUUAUAGGACUUGCCUAUUUCGUUUGUGCCAAAGUGGAGGUAAUCAAACAGAACUCUGUGACUCAGUCAGCCGUUAUGCCAUGGCUUGCCAAAAUGCAGCAGUAGAUGUUGGCCAGUGGAGGAGUAGAAAUUUUUGCCCUCUUAUGUGCCCAGAAAACAGCCAUUUUGAAGAAUGCAUAACCUGUUCAGAAACAUGUGAAACGCUAGCCACAGGCCCUGUAUGUUCUGAUAGUUGCACAGAAGGAUGCCAGUGUGAUGAAGGAUUUGCUUUGCAGGGUACUCGGUGUGUCCCAAAGAGUGAGUGUGGCUGUAAUUUUGAGGGUCACCAAGUUUCAACUAAUGAAACUUUUUGGAUUGACCUGGACUGCAAAUCUCUCUGUUACUGUAAUGGGUCAGACAACAGUGUGUACUGUGAGACAAUGCCAUGUAAAGAUGAAGAGUACUGUAUGGAAGAUAAUGGACUUUAUUAUUGCCAGCCUCGUACAGAUGCGUCAUGUAUUGUCUCAGGGUAUGGACAUUAUCUUACAUUUGAUGGACUUCCAUUUGAUUUCCAAAGCAGCUGUUCCUUAAUUCUUUGCACUACAGUUACUAAUUCCAAAGCAGACACUGUGCCAAGAUUUACAGUUACUGCUAAGAAUGAAGAUCGAGAUGCUUCUCUUGCACUAUGGGUAAAGCAAGUGGAGAUAGAGGUUUACAAUUAUAAUAUUGUCAUCUAUCGUGCAUAUAAACACACUGUUUUGGUAAAUAAUGAAAGAUUGUAUUUGCCCCUCAAGUUAAGUCAUGGAAAAGUCAAUAUUUUUGCCUUUGGUUUUCAUAUUGUUAUUGAAACUGAGUUUGGCCUAAAAGUUGUAUAUGACUGGAAGACGUUCCUCUCAGUCACAAUUCCACGUUACAUGCAAAACAGCACAUAUGGCCUUUGCGGAAGGUAUAAUGGCAACAUGGAAGAUGACCUACAGACUUCUAGUGGCUUCAUAAGUAUGAAUGUCAAUGAGUUUGGCCACAGUUGGGUUAAAAGAGAUGCCUUUUGCCAGGUUGGUUGUGGAGAUAGAUGUCCAACUUGCACAAAGGUGGAUGGUUUCUGGAAAGCUCAACAGCUUUGUAGCUUUAUUCCCAACAGAAAUGGGGUAUUUUCCAAAUGUCAUAGCAAAGUAAAUCCAAGAUUUUUCUUCAAAAAUUGCUUGUUUGACUCGUGCAUUGAUGGGGGCGCUGUAGAAACUGCUUGCAGCUGGCUACAGAACUAUGCAAGUACCUGCCAGACUCAAGGAAUCGCUGUCACUGGUUGGAGGAACCACACAUCUUGUUAUGUGACAUGCCCUGCAUACAGUCACUAUGAGAGCUGUGUUAGUGUAUGUCAGCCUCGCUGUGCUGCUAUUCGACUUAAAAGUGACUGUAAUCAUUACUGUGUGGAGGGUUGCCAGUGUGAUCCCGGGUACGUUUUGAAUGGAAAAAGCUGUAUUCUUCCUCAUAACUGUGGCUGUUAUGCUGAUGGCAAAUAUUAUGAGCCUAAACAGUUAUUCUGGAACAGUGACUGUACCAGGCGUUGUCGCUGCUUUGGAAGGAAUCUCAUCCAGUGUGAUCCAAGGCACUGCAAGUCAGAUGAAGAAUGUGCGCUAAGGAACGGAGUACGAGGCUGUUUUAGCAAGAAGAGCUCUUACUGUAUAGCAGCAGGAGGCGGUGUCUUUAGGACUUUUGAUGGGGCAUUUCUCCGUUUUCCAGCAAAUUGCGCAUUUGUGCUAUCUACUAUUUGCCAAAAGCUCCCAGAUAUCUCCUUUCAGUUAAUAAUUAACUUUGACAAAUGGUCUUCACCCAAUUUGACUGUAAUAUCUCCAGUCUACUUUUACAUUAAUGAAGAGCAAAUCCUCAUCAAUGACCGCAAUACUGUAAAGGUAAAUGGAACACAAGUGACAGUCCCUUUCGUUACUGGACUUUCAACUAAAAUAUACAGCAGUGAGGGAUUUUUGGUGAUUGACACAAGCCCUGACAUUCAGAUUCACUACAAUGGAUUCAACAUCAUCAAAAUUUCCAUCAGUGAGAGACUUCAAAACAAAGUCUGUGGUCUUUGUGGCAACUUUAAUGGAGAUUUAACUGACGAUUAUGUCACUUUAAGGGGAAAACCUGUAGUAAGCAGCGUAGUGCUGGCACAAAGCUGGAAAACCAACGGCAUGCAAAAAAGCUGCAAUGAACUUCAGUACUCUCAGUAUGCCUCCACUUGUGACAAUGUCCAAAUCCAGAAGCUUCAAAGCGAUGGAUAUUGCCUGAAACUCACUGAUAUGAAAGGCUUCUUCCAGCCAUGUUAUGGUCUGUUGGAUCCGGUUCCUUUUUAUGAAUCUUGUUUUCUGGAUGGAUGCUACAACAAUAAGAAGAUUCAGUUAUGUGGUUCUUUAGCUGCCUAUGGAGAAGCAUGCCGAUCAUUUGGAAUUCUAAGCACAGAGUGGAUUGAGAAGGAGAAUUGCUCAGGAGUGAUUGAAGACCCUUGUGUAGGUGCAGACUGCCCAAACAGAAGCUGUGAAGUGGACAACGGAGGAGAGCUUUGUGGCUGCAUGGACCCACCGGUUUAUGGAAAUGACACCCAUGACAUAAUCGAUGCUGAAGUUACCUGUAAAGCUGCUCAAAUGGAAGUAUCAAUAUCAAAAUGCAAACUGUUUCAGCUCGGUUUUGAGAGGGAAGGCGUACGGAUUAAUGAUAGACACUGCCCUGGCAUUGAGGGAGAAGAUUUCAUCUCUUUCCAAAUAAACAACACAAAAGGCAACUGUGGUAAUAUUGUGCAGUCUAAUGGCACCCAUAUCAUGUACAAAAACACUGUCUGGAUAGAGAGUGCAAACAACACCGGUAACAUAAUUACACGGGACCGAACGAUCAAUGUGGAAUUCUCAUGUGCGUAUGAAUUAGACAUCAAGAUCUCUUUGGACUCUGUUAUACGACCUAUGCUUAGUGUAAUAAAUCUGACAGUCCCCACUCAAGAAGGAAGUUUUACUACCAAAAUGGCGCUGUAUAAAAAUGCAUCAUAUAAGCAUCCGUAUCGUCAAGGGGAAGUGGUGCUUACAACUAGAGAUGUCCUCUUUGUUGGUGUCUUUGUGGUUGGAGCAGACUCUACUCAUCUGAUAUUGAUAUUAAAUAAAUGCUAUGCAACUCCAUCAAGAGACAGCAAUGACAAGCUCCGUUACUUCAUCAUUGAAGGAGGGUGUCCAAAUAUCAAAGACAACACCAUUGGAAUAGAAGAGAAUGGGAUUUCUUUAACUUGUCGCUUUCAUGUUACAGUUUUUAAGUUCAUAGGAGACUAUGAUGAAGUUCAUCUCCACUGUGCUGUGUCUUUGUGCGACUCAGAAAAAUACUCUUGUAAAAUUAACUGUCCACAGAAUUCCAGAAGUGCCAAUGAUCAUGUGCAAGAUUCCAAGGAGCAAAUAAUUUCUGUUGGUCCUAUAAGGAGAAAACGUUUGGACUGGUGUGAGGAAAACGGAGGGUGUGAGCAAAUCUGUACAAGCAGACUAGAUGGACCAAUUUGUAGUUGCGUAACUGGGACCCUUCAGGAAGAUGGAAGAAGUUGUCGAGUGUCCAACUCUUCACCGGAGCAUCAUCCCUGGCUGUUCUGUCUACUCAUACACCAGAUCACUGUGCUUGGAUUUUAUUUAUAAAAGUAAAAAUUAACAAAGGGACUGAAAACAAACAUGUUUUUUGGGAAAUGUAGCCACAAAUGAGAAAUUCAGCAAGAUGAAAGUGCGAAAAAGACAUUCUUACAAUGUAUACUCAGAUAUUAAACUAAAUGCAGUUUGAGUGAUUUUCUAAGCAAUGAAUGGCUGUAAGUGUAACCUGUUUAACCAUUAUAUGGAAACUUUGCUCAGUUCGGGUGCUUCAGGUUACUCUAUCACAUUUCACAGACCACCUGUUUAUCUGUACUUAACAUUCAAGACCUCAUACGCUUAUUUUGUUUUUCCAUAUUUACUUUCAGUCAAUUAAAUCUUGUUUUUCAGCCGUCUCAUUGCUUCUCUUUGGAAACAUUAGUAGUUGAAAAUCUUCAGCAUAGUAGGAGCAAUUUUAAAAUAGUUCACAUAUUUUAUGCAUCUCUUAACUUUGUAUUAUUAAUAAUAAUAAUAUAUUAUAAUCAGAAAUUAUGUAACAGAUGGAAGCUGAUGAUAAAUCUGAGAAUUUCUUAGGAAUGGAGGAAACAUAACUUUGAGUAAGUCUAAGGUUGUAGACUCUAUUAUAUUAAUAUGUGACUUUAAGGAAACUCAGGAAAAGCUUUGAUUUACACCAUAAAGACAUUGCAACCUAGUUAAUAGAAGUAAUAGAGGAAAUGUAAUUUUACUAUGGCUGCCACAGUCUAAAGUGGAUUGUAUUAUAAUUAAGAUUAAUAAAACAAAUACCUGUUUCAGCUAAACAGUACAGAUAAAUUAAGACAAUGAGCACAAUUUUAUAUUUUCACUACAGCUAGUAGAUACAUUUCUUUUAAUAGGUAAAAGAAUAUUUCCUUUGCAUUCUUAUACUUCAUGCUGGUAACCAUGUUACCUUGUAAAUUUUGUUCACAUGUGGUGUAGUUCACCAUUCUUUUUAAUGGGUUGUGUCUGGUAUUGCAGCUUAUCUUAGACACCAAUUCACACAGAUGAGCGAUAACAUUAAAACUAUGAUGUGAACCAGUAGAUGUGAACCAUCCAGGCAUAGACUUUACGAGACCUCAUGAGGUGUUCUUUGGUAUCUGGAACAAGAAUGGUAGAUCCACUGCUGAUAAAGGCCCCUACUGUUAGGGAAUUCACCAAAGGUGUGGAGUUGGUCUACAUUAAAGUCAGUGGUACUUGUCAGUAACAAUUACAUUAUGGUCCGUACUUGAAGUUCCCCAGCAAACAAUUGCCCAGAGCAGCCUCUGUAAUCUUAUCUUCUUUACAUAGUGUAAUGUCUUUCCUGGGUAAGUGAUGUAAUGUUAAAGAAAACAACUUAGCCAAAUCAUUUUAUUCCAUUGCUCUGUGUUCCAGUUUCAAAUCUCAUGUGCAGGGGACAGGGGUUAACAAGGACACUCUGAUCUUUUGUAGCUCUUGUGUGGUUUCAGACUAUCCAGGCUAGCUUUUUUGUCCCCUCAUACAUUAAUAAGUCUUGACUCUGUCUUUAGAAAACCGGUUGUCUUUCUUUGGACUACUCUUGGAAAUGACUAACCACUGCAUACUGGGUAUACCCCACAAUACUGGCCAUUUUGAAGAUGCUCUGAUGUUCUCAUCUAGAUAUCACAAUUUUACUCACUUUCUGCCCACUUUCUACCUUAUAUAUCCCAGUCCUUGGCAGAUGCCAUUGUCACCAGGUAAUGAAUAUAAUUCAUUUCCUCUGUCAGUGAUUUUAAAGUAAUGAAAUUGAUCAGUGUAUAUGCAGUGAGAUUUGUAGAUAGAUAUACAUGCAGAGAUUGACAUCUUCAGUACUCAGCUUCCAUCUAGUUGCACAACAUACCCAAGACGGCAUGCAACAUUGACAUUUUGGAGUUCUAAGGAUAUCAAUACAGUUCGGUGUCAACUAAGCAAUGUAAGGUAGCAGUGAGAGUAAAUGUCAUAACAUUCCACAUUUAAUUUAGUAAAGUGUAUCUUUUUCCCAGCAGCAUCAUCCUUCAGUUUAAUAUUGAUGUCUAGUUCAUAGGAAUUUAAACACAUUUAUUAUUUUCACAAUCACAUUUAAUCUGCAAGCAACUUUUUCUUUUUUUUUCUUUUUUUAAAGGGGCAACUGGUGAAAAAUGAGAACUGGUUAGUAAGUAAGGCUUGUUUUAUCUUUCUUUAACCAGUCUGAGCCUUUAAAAUAAAAAGAAAUCCCACCAGACAACCCCUUUAAUGCUUGAAAGGUAGAUACAUCCAUUUGUAAUGAUUUCCAUGCUUCAGUCAGAUGUCCCCUCUCACAGCAUACAGCUUCAAAGACAUAGAGACUUGCAGCUGUCUCCCCUAUUUUUGGAACUAAGUAGAUUUCCCAAUAUUUACAUACUUAAUAAAUAAAAAGAGGAAUUACAGGUUAGAAUAAAAGUAAGGCCACCUUUCUCUUGUAAGAUUUAGUAUAAUAAAAGGCUUUAUGUAAGCAGACAAUAAAUAGAUUUUAAGGUUGAUACAUUUUUCAAGAUCAAAUGACUGCAAUUAAUAGAAUUAUUGCAGCUGGUGUCUGAAUCUUGUGUUCCAUUGAUCAUUUAACCCAUGUAUGUUAUUGCGCAUUUCAAGCUGGAAAUUAUUAGUGCUCCAGUCUAAAUGGUACUUAAUCUUAUUUACUGCCACUGCCAUGCACAAUAUUUACUAAUGUCAUUCCUAUAACACAUCAAACAAAAGUCUUCAAAAUGUACGACUUAUAACGCUAGUCAAUUAAAAGAAACUUUUUCAACUGUACCAUCAAAGAAAGAUAUGGAAACUUAGACUUAAAAUAAAGAAAAAUUAAAGCCUACCCGUCACUAAAUAAACUUUUCUAAACUUACUCAGGCUAUGUUCCCUAACUUCUCCUAACACUCCUCCCACCCUUAGAAAAAAUUUCAGAGCUUUAAACAUUUUUUAAAUAGAAGCCAAUUACAAAAGUUAUUUAUUUGGCAUAAGGAAUGAAAUAUUACAAAUCAUGUUUAAUGACAGCGCCCAUUUAAACAAGAGGAUAAGAAUAUUUUUGAGAGUAACAGGGUCAAGAACAGCCACUUUAAUAAAUAAGCAUGUAUGUUAUAUAUGUACACCUACAGUUAUCACAUUUAUUUUCAUUCUUAGUUUGGAAAAAAGGAAAUACUAGUACCAGGCACCGGACAUUAACUUUGUGCCAUAAUGUGUAAAUAUGAAUAUAACAUCGCCAUCUGGUAUUUAUUGCUUUUAUGUGCAGUUUCUUAUUUUGGCAAAAAAAAUAUCCCUCUUAUCAUAUGGAGCAUAUAGUCUGAUCUGUGAGUAGCUGGUUGUAAAGCAGGAGCUGAGCAGAUUAAUAUAUUGCAUUGUGUGAAACGAUUACAUAUCACUUGUGGGGUCCAGUGGUCGGCUCUACUUCCUGAUUGACAGCUAUCUCAGUAUAAUGAGUUAUACACGGAAGGCUGUCAAUCACCAAUAAGACCACCCACUAAACUCUUAAGCCCAAAGUAACCCAGAAUUUGAAUGAAUUACAAGUCAUACUGAAUUUUUCCACACAAAACUAUAGACCAAUCUGCUCCUCUUCUCUGGCUUCCCACAGAUUGGACUACAUGUCCAAUAUGACAGAGUUCCUUUAAAGCUGCAAGUUCAUGCUUCAGAUUAAAACUGUAUGAUUCAAACAUUGACAUUAUUUUGA